CUGUGGGAACCGACAGACGAGGCGCACGGAGUCGUAGCUGUGUGUCUGAAGAUUAGUCUGAGCGCCACAAGCGGACUCGGUGUACUUUUUGUUUGUUUGUUUGUUUUGUUUUUUUUCCUGGCUUUGCCUUGGCUCUCACCGCCGCGCAGUCUGGCCGUCAGCAGCGCAUGGUGUUCGGUUUUGCGGCUGUGCGCGCGCGGCUCCGACGGGGACGCUCUGACCGGUGCGCGGAUGGAGGGACAGGGACAGAUCAGUCGGUGUAAGAUCGUGGUGGUCGGGGACACUCAGUGCGGUAAAACGGCGCUACUGCACGUGUUCGCUAAAGACAGCUAUCCAGAGAGCUAUGUUCCCACGGUGUUUGAAAACUACACAGCGAGCUUUGAGAUCGAUAAACACCGGAUUGAGCUGAACAUGUGGGACACAUCAGGUUCUUCAUACUAUGAUAACGUGCGGCCGCUGGCGUACCCAGACUCAGAUGCGGUGCUCCUUUGUUUCGACAUCAGCAAGCCUGAGACUCUGGACAGCGUUCCAAAGAAGUGGCAGGCUGAGGCUCAGGAGUACUGUCCCAGCGCUAAGCUAGUGCUUGUGGGCUGUAAGCUCGACAUGAGGACGGACGUCAGUACCUUGCGAGAACUGUCCAAACAGCGCCUCAUCCCCGUCACACACGAGCAGGGCACUAUCAGGGCACGGGAGCUUGGCGCCGUGGCGUACGUCGAGUGUUCGUCACGCAUGUGCGUAAACAGCGUGCGAGACGUCUUUCACAUCACCACUCUCGCCUCCGUCAGACGUCCCGCCCCCGGCCUCAAACGAAGCUCCUCCCGCCGUACCCUCAAGCGCAUAUCCCAUCAGCCCCUCCUGCCGAUCACCUCCCGCAGCACCCCCCUUGAACCCUCCCCUACACUCAGAAAGGACAGAGCCAAGAGCUGCAACGUCAUGUAGACACAAAAAGCAACAAACACAGAAACAUAUAAACACAGCUGGCUCUGAGCUUGUCUUUCUAAACCGGAUCUCUCGCAGCUGUGGCCUGUUAUGAAAUUACAAUUCUAUCCUUCUACGCUGUACAAAUGUGCUAAUGAGUGACACAGAGGACUAUUUAUUGACCAUGAAGAUAUUGUUAUUGUCGUUGUUGUUAUUUUUUUUUCUUUUGUCAUUGAAAAUAAACAAGAAUACAGAG